GGAGACCGUUUAAAUAUAGAGAAAGGUGAAUGGGCCCAGUGUGUGUGAGCAGACCACAGUGGUCUUUCAAGCCCCACACAGCAGACAAACUCUCAACUUGUUUCUGUUUUCCUGGAAAGGAAGAGGAGUGUCUUUCUGGUGACAUCACCAGAAACCCAAACCUCCUGCUCACAGCAGCCCUCCUUCUUCCCCUGCCUGCUCUCUGCAGCCUCUCCCCGAAAGCCUCCGCUCCCCUCAGCUGGGCACCAAGCAGCCCAGCGUUACAGUGGACCCUACCCCCAGCGGCCCCCUCUAGCCAGGCAUCAGCCGAGCGUCCAGAGUUCUCGCAAAAACCUGCAGCUCAGACAAUAUCAGCCCUCUGACGCCCCCAACCUCACCAUUUAAAACCCAACAACGCAGUGCAAGGUCAACAUAAUUCAGCAUUCAGAAUUUGACACCAAAAUCCUCCUAUAAGUUCAAGACUCUCUGACCUCCUGACCUCUAGAUCAACAUGGAGCUGCAGAAGCUUUCCAAUGGAAACCACCAUGAUGCUGCGGGGGCUCUGGAGGGAGGACUUCUUCCAGAAGAAGAGAAAUUCCUGCAGCACAAAGAUGAAGAUGCAAAGCGACCUCAGUUCACAGACUUUGAAGGGAAAACCUCCUUUGGAAUGUCGGUUUUUAACCUGAGCAACGCCAUCAUGGGCAGCGGCAUCCUGGGACUGUCGUAUGCCAUGUCAAACACCGGCAUCAUCCUUUUCCUGGUUCUGCUGACCUGCAUCGCCUGUCUGUCCUGUUACUCCGUCCACCUGCUGCUGCGCAGUGCUGGAGUCGUGGGAAUCCGUGCGUACGAGCAGCUCGGUCUCAGAGCCUUCGGUCAGCCUGGGAAGAUCUUAGCUGGUGUGAUCAUAACCCUACACAACAUAGGAGCCAUGUCCAGCUACCUGUUCAUCGUAAAGUACGAGCUGCCGCUGGUCAUCCAGACGUUUCUGGGUCAUACGUCCCCCUCUCAAGACUGGUACAUGAACGGAAACUACCUGAUCAUCAUCGUCACCACCUGCAUCAUCCUCCCACUGGCCUUGAUGAAACACCUGGGAUAUCUGGGCUACACUAGUGGAUUCUCUCUGUCCUGCAUGGUCUUCUUCCUCUCAGCGGUCAUCUACAAGAAAUUCAACAUUUCCUGUCCUCUGGAGGCGUUUGGUAACUCCACCGUGGACGCUGCUGUUCCAGAGGGCACAUGCUCAGCCAAAUACUUCACCAUCAAUCAGGAGACCGCGUACACCAUCCCCAUCCUGGCCUUCGCCUUCGUCUGUCACCCCGAAGUUCUUCCCAUCUACACCGAACUGAGCAACCCGACCAAGAGAAGAAUGCAGAACAUCGGCAACGUCUCCAUCCUGGGCAUGUUCGUCAUGUACUUCUUCACCGCUGUGUUUGGCUAUCUGACCUUCUACGGAAACACUGAGGCGGAGCUCCUUCACACCUACAGCAAAGUGGAUCCUCUGGACACCCUGAUCCUGUGUGUGCGGCUGGCCGUCCUGGUGGCUGUUACUCUCACGGUUCCUGUGGUGCUGUUUCCUAUCCGCCGCGCCCUCCUCCAGCUGCUGUUUCCAGGGAAACCAUUCCACUGGGCUCGCCACAUCGCCAUUGCUGUCUGUCUGCUGUUCGCCGUCAACCUGCUGGUCAUCUUUGUUCCCAACAUCCGAGACAUUUUUGGCAUCACUGGAGCCACCACCGCCCCCACCCUGAUCUUCAUCCUCCCCGGCCUGUUCUACAUCCGCAUUGUUCCCAAGACCGAGGAGCCGAUGACCUCCAGACCAAAGAUCCAGGCGGCGUGCUUCACCUCUCUGGGCUUCAUCUUCAUGAUCAUGAGUCUGACGUUCAUUGGAAUUGACUGGACGAGUGGAGAACAGCGAAGUCUGGGUGGUCAUUAAGGUGCCCCCCCCCCCGUGAACUACGGACACCAAACGCAGAACCUCCAGCAGACGGGCAGAAACGAUGAGCGGUGCUGGGAGGUUCUGGUUUCAGCUGGACUGUUUCUGUUAGCAUGUUCCUCCACAGCGUUGAAUGCUGUGGUUCUACCAGCUCUGCAUCAUGGUGGGGGAGCUCCUCUGCUGCAGAGCCGAUGAGCAUGAAAUCAUGGAGGACCCUCAACCACAGAAACGCCUUUGCUCUGUGAAGGCUAAAGCUGGAGUUUCCCCACAGUAGAACCAAAAUCAAAGUGAUUUCUGAGAAACGGAGAGAAUGUGUUUACGGUGAGGCUUAAAGAUGCUGUUCACGAAUCCAACGUGGUGCUACGAAACAUCAUCCAGCGUGAGAUGAAGAAGCCAUAGCUUUAAGAAAAUGUGAUUUUUCUAUUUUAAAGUCAUUUGAAUUCAUGCAACUGUGAACCCCUUCCAAUCAUUUGGUAUAAUUUGUUAUUUGUUUUCAGAAACAUUUGUUAAAUGUUGAAUAAAGAUUUCCAAAUAUUGUUUAAAUGA